UCUUUCAUUCUCUCUCUGCCUCUGCCUUCUGUAUAUAUAUCUACAUAUUGUGCCUGUCCUCCAUACUUUUACUGUUCUGCAAAAAGCAAAAGAAAGGCUGUGACACCUCCCCACUGCCCCUCUCUCUCCCUUUACUCCGUUUUGCUUUCACCCCAGAAAAUUUUUCGGACUCUUCACUCUGUUUGGUUUCCCGGAAAGUGCCUCUGGUUUUUUUCUCUCGCUUUCUCAGAGAAAAUGGCGGAGAAAGACGAUGGGUUGGGCUUGGGUUUGAGUCUGAGCUUGGGACUGGGAAUGAAUCCGUCUCAGAGUCUCAUGCAGAAGCCUUCUCGGACUCUUCCGAAUCAAAGAGCUUCCUGGAACGAUAUUUUCCAGCUUCCUGAUCGGAGCUGCGAGGCGAGAACGUUGCUCCGGGGAGUGGAUGUAAAUUUGGCGCCGCCGUCAACGGUUGUGGACUGUGACGAUGAAAAUGGCGUCUCCUCACCGAACAGUACUGUGUCGAGCAUCAGCGGAAAGCGGAGCGAGAGAGAGUCUAUUGGCGGAGAGCAUGAAGCCGAGCGUGCCUCAUGUUCUCGAGGAAGCGACGAUGAUGAAGGCGGCGGCGACGGAGGCGGCAGAGACGGAGACGGAGACGGCGACGGCGACGGAGAUACUUCCAGAAAAAAGCUCCGGCUGUCGAAGGAACAAUCGAUUGUGCUGGAGGAAACGUUCAAGGAGCACAAUACCCUCAAUCCGAAGCAAAAACAGGAAUUGGCAAAACGGCUGAAUCUGAGGCCAAGACAAGUGGAAGUGUGGUUUCAGAACAGGAGGGCAAGGACCAAGUUGAAGCAAACUGAAGUGGAUUGUGAGUACUUGAGGAGAUGUUGUGAGACUUUGACUGAAGAGAAUAGGAGGUUGCAAAAGGAAGUGCAAGAACUGAGGGCAUUAAAGCUAUCCCCACAGUUCUACAUGCACAUGAACCCUCCAACCACUCUUACAAUGUGCCCUUCUUGUGAGCGCGUCGCGGUCUCAUCCACAUCCUCCUCCUCAUCAGCAGCGGCAGCCGUGUCGUCCAACUCAGCCCCAUUGAGCUCUACCAUUCAAAGGCCGGUGCCCCUCCUCCCCUGGGCGGCUAACUCGAAUCGAAACCGCCCGGGUGACAGCUUAAAUCCCCGGCCAUGAACCCUUCUCUUGUGUUCAAGCUCAUGGCAGCUCCCUAAUGUAGAAGACAAGGUCAUUUUUAGUUACUAGAGAGGCAUGGAUCAAUGUGUUGAAAGAAAAGGUAUGGAAAAAGGAUACUAAGGCAGUUAGAAUGAUUUUGAGUCCUCUAUGGUCUUAAGUAAUGUAGUUAAGAGAGGAACAUGGGAAAAUAUGUAUGGAGCUUAUUAUUUCUUUCUAUGUAUACCUUUUCUUUCCCCACCUUCAUUUCUUGCUUUUAUAAUAGUAUAUGUAGUUGGUUAUUGAAUGAGACGGUUUGUUAACAAUAUAUCCGAAUAUUUAAUUGUUGAUGUAACAUAA